AUGGCUGGGCCGGCGGACCCCUUCCAAUCACUGACGUUCGAGAAGGACGUGACAUUCGACAUCAAUGAGGAGUACACCGCCGCCUCCAUCUCCCCGAGCGGGCGCGAUGUUGUCCUCGCAGGAACCGAGGGUCUCCUGAUCAUCGACCUCGAUAACCCAUACUCUCCGCCGCGCUUCAUUCGCCAUCGCAUUGGCUUUGAAGUAGCAGACGUGCAAUGGUCUCCGUUUGCGACACGGGCAGAGUGGGUUGCAUCGACCAACAACAACAAAGCGGUCAUCUUCAAUCUGAAUCACAAAUCAAGCUCGGAUCAUGCGCCGAUACAGUUGACUCUGGAUGCCCACCAGGGGACCAUCACCGACAUCAACUUCUCCGCUCACCAUCCGGAUGUUUUGGCAACAUGUGCGCUCGAUACCAAGAUCUUUGCUUGGGAUUUGCGUACCCCCGCUGUCCCUAGCGGGGCGUUCUCGUCUCAUCUUCGAGUACCAAGCAACAAUUUCGCCGACUGGCAAGGAGGAGCUACACAGGUAAAAUGGAAUCGCCAGAACGAGCACAUCUUAGCCUCAUCGCAUGAUCGUUAUGUGCGCAUCUGGGACAUGCGACGCGGAGCUCAGCCCAUUACAACGAUUCAUGCACACUUCAACAAGGUUUACGGAAUCGAUUGGCACCGCACUGAGUCCACCAAGAUUCUGACUUGCUCCCUUGAUAAGACUAUCAAGCAGUGGGAUGGUGCUGGCAUCGUCGAGUCUAUUGACCGACCGACUCGCACCAUCUUGACGGAUUACCCGUUGUUGCGUGCUCGCCACACCCCUUUCCCCAAUGGCAUUGUCGCUAUGCCGCAGCAUGGGAGCGCAUCCCUUAGUCUUUACAAGCAAGAGACAUCCCUUCCAUCCACCAAGAGUCCCCAACACGUCUUCACCAAUGACGACUGCGAAGGCGGUCGCCUUCAUGAGUUUCUUUGGCGGUCACGCGGGACCUGUGACACAGGCUUUGAGGAUCGCGACUUCCAACUGGUGACCUGGGCGACUGACCAUAAAUUACGCCUCUACAGCGUCUCUGCCAAUACGCUGAAACAAGCCGUGGGUUUCGAGAAGGGUCGAGCGGUGCCCGAUCCACCGGUCUCCACCAGAAAAGGCGCCAGAUAUAUCACCUUCGCUAAUGGACCAGUGUUUCCGAAAGAUGACGAUCAAACCAACAAAUCGCAGGAAGGGAACGCCCGCGGCGGUACUCUUUCGACUCUGCUCAGGAACAAUGCUCCACCAAAGGCGGGUUUGUCUAGCUUGUUCCAUGGACAGACUCGUGCUACUAUGACUGCACGCACUGUGAGACGCAAUCCGGCUCAACGGGUUGUGUCUAGCGUUACUUGGAUGCACAACGUCAACAUCGAGAGACGCAAGACCGACGGUGAUUCCAAAACCCCUGAAGCCAACGAGGAAUUUGAUUUGGCCGCUGAGGUCAAAGCUGUGGGCCAAAAAUAUCCCAACGUAUCCUUCGAGGUGUUUGAUCCACACCAGCGCAGGAUUGUGGUGGCCUUCAAGGCGCCAUGGGGUGAAAUGGAUACUUUGGCUGCGGAGGGCCAAGUACCUAUCCGCAAGACCGUCUUCCUUCGUCUAACGGUUGUAUUCCCAGAUAUGUAUCCCGGUGGAGCGGACAUGCUGAAUGAGGACCGGUACCUGUUUCCGCUUGAUAUCACUAUCGAGAAGACAACAGCUGCUAUCGCCCCAGCUAUGAUAGACCAUCUUAGAGAAGUCCUGGAACAGAUCGCGAAUAACUAUGCGUAUAAGUCACAACCAGCAUUGGCCGCUAUUUUAUCGUACGCACUAGGCGAUGCCGAUCUUCAAGAGAUUAUCGAACCAGACUCAGAAGAGCCCGAAAAGGGAACUAUGCAGGAGAGCUCCAGUGAGGAAGAGGAGGACGAUGAUUCUGAAACGGGUGAAUUCAACAAAGAUCUUAUGCUCUCUUCACAUUCAAAUACUAACAUCCCUCUUCCUGCUCAGACUUUAGUUCGAUGGUCCUUGACGGGAAUGCUCUUGUCGGUCCGAUUCCCACGGCCUGCCGUGACAAGAAUUGGCCAGACCAUGACUUCCUCGGGAUUGUUGCUUGGGAUGGCGGAUCCUAUCCGACUCCCGAGACACUUGAAGCAGAAUCCCUCCAAAGAUGACAUAUUCGAAACGUUUGGUCGGAUUACAGCGACGUAUGGUUCAGAGUCUCCCGGCUCUUCACUGGUUUCAUGGGAAUCGUCUUCAUCGCCUUCGACAUCUUCAGGCUCCGAAAGCGAGGUUGUCUUUAGAGACUUUUUGCCUCCAUUGCCAUGGCAGAAGAUAUCCUCGCGAUUAAAUACGAAAACUUCCGUACCGUCGUCUGUCGAUCCGAUCAGCGCCUAUCGGACAAAAGCUAUCAUAACUAUUCGGGGUGACUCGGUUGCUGAGUUCGUUCCUAGUAAGAAAAUACUUGCGGAGGAAUAUCUGAUAUUUGGCGACGGUCCAACGGUUUGCUUGCAUAACUCGGAGGUUGCUAGGAAACACGGCUUCAAUGAUUUGGCGGACAUCUGGUUGCUCUGCAGGCUCAUUUUGACCAAUGAGGUUCCAUUGGAAAUCCUGCCGCAGUCUCACAGGAGAGAUCAGGUCUUGGUGCUUGCUCGACGGGCACUCGUUAGGAUAAAAAGAAAAGAUAGUGGCUUGGACCUUCAGUUCGAUGAGGCGGACAAUGUGACUAAUCCAAAGCUAAGAGGAAGAGUAAAAUGGGGUCACCAUCCUAUCGUCACCUGGCUAAUUCCCGCAUUAUUUGACCAUUUCGAACGCUUGGCGGAUACCCAGAUGCUAGCCAUGCUGUCCUGUGUAUUUUCAGAACCAGCUGCUCGCGAAGGAGUUCCUAGUGCUAUGGCCAAAAUGAGGCAGUCUCAUCUUCCCAUGUCCAUGGAAGCGCCGGCCUUUUCUCUCGACUACUUCGCAUCCCCGGGUGCCGCCUGGAGUCUUUUCAAACCCACCGUUCCUAUGCCAUCUACACCCGCCCAUUCCAAAUUCGCUACCCCUGUUUAUGAGUUUGGUUGGCAUCGUCUUUCUAAGAAUUUAGAUACUUAUGGUUCGCACGGUUCAUCAAACGGACCUUGGGGUAGUGAUAUUUUGCCCUCCGAGCCUGUGACACCGUACUCUACCGGCAACACUCCACCUAACAUUUCCAGGGCACCCACUCUUCGCUCCGUGACUAUGGCUAACACGCCAUACUCUACGAGUCCCGAACAAACCCAGACUAUUGGCAAGAAAAUAUCAUCCGCUGGAUUCUCGAAUGCCCUCGCGAACCUGGGCAAGUCGUUCAUUUCGGCAUCGCCUCCUGUCAAGUCCCGCACAGACGAUCUCUCUACUUCCUUACCAGCGAGUGGAGUGACGUGGGGUACGACAACUUUCUACAGCAGCGGUAGUCAAGAACGAGGGCUUGCAGCACCGCGUGUGAAACAAGGAAAGAGAGCAAGCUUUGGCCAAGCAGACCAGGUCAACGUUGACUAUAUCUCAGACUCAGAUUCAGAUUAUGACACUCUUGGGCCGGACGUUGCUUCCGAGCAAACAGCGCCGAUACCUUCUAGCGCCAACGACGAUGGUAGCUCCAGAAUCAAGGUCACGCUGAAGAACCAGGAUCAGUUUGACAACGAGGCCUGCGUCAGCGCGCCACUUCUGGACAUGUCGAAGGAGGGGUUGUACCGCGCUUGGAGAGAGCAGUAUGCUGAAUUGCUCGGGUGCUGGGGUCUCAUCAGUAAGCGAGCAGAGGUGCUCAAGUUCAACGGCCUGGUCUCGUACUUCCCGUUCGAUGAGGUAUCUGAAUCCAAGGCUGGGUCGAUGCAUCUUGCACUCAAAAAGGACGGCGACCGCGGCGGGUCCAGAAUGACUUCACGCACGCUGUCGCGAAGCUCUACUCUCGCACCAGGCCUAACUUUGCCACAGCAAUUCAGACGCUCACCUCUUCCCUCCCCACGAGGCUUUUCAUUCAACCCUGAAGCCCUCGAGUUCAAACCCGGCACCUCCUUCCAGCCAGUGAGUGAAGUACCUGCGCCUCCAGCAGACGUGUUCACGGCAUCCGAACAAUACCUUCGCCUCAGCAUUCCGACUCCGGCAACUGAGGCCCAAGAUCCCUUCAACUUACCUCUCGGGGGCAGCAAGCUCUCUCCUUACGCACAUAAGGCCUCUCGGCCAUCCCUCUCCCGCGGCACAUCGAACGUCUCCGGCCGCUCGUCCCUCAACGUACCCACCAAUACCGCCAACUCGCCUACCAAGAAAAAUCAGAACGAGCCCAUAUACAGCUGUAGCAUCUGCUGGAUCCGUGUCUCAGGUCGCUUCUACCUAUGUCCCGCAUGCGGGCACGUUGCGCACUUCGACUGCUUGGCCAAUGACGAAGGCUUCGACGAGGGCGAAUGCGUAGUCGGAUGUGGCUGUGGCUGCGGCUUCGAGACAUCCCGGGAGCGGAGCCGCAUCGAGGAAUUCCUCGACGGGGUUCGAAGCUGGGAAGAGCGCGGCGGAUGGCUUCCGGAGAUCGAGUUUGAUGAGGAUGCCGCUAGUACGAGGGCUUAUCGGCCGUAUGAGGCGAACUAUGAAGAGGAGAUACAUAGAUGGGCAAAGGAGGAGAAAGGGAGGAAGAAGGAGGGCGGGAAGGGGGAGAAAGCCAAGGGCAAGAGGAAGGCGCGGUUGACGGGGAAGAGUUACUUCUAG